GAAGCGCGGCGCGAGGUCCCGGAUGUUUACUGUCGCUACCGGGAUGGAUGACUUAAACCUGCACUACAGGUUCCUGAACUGGAGGCGGCGGAUCCGGGAGAUCCGCGAGGUGCGAGCCGUCCGCUACCAGGAGAGGUUCAAGCACAUCCUCGUGGACGGGGACACCCUCAGUUACCAUGGGAACUCGGGCGAAGUCGGCUGCUACGUUGCUCCGCGGCCCCUGACCAGAGACAACAACUACUUCGAGGUGUCCAUCGUGGACAGCGGCGUGCGUGGGACCAUUGCCGUGGGCCUCGUGCCCCAGUACUACAGCCUGGACCACCAGCCGGGCUGGCUGCCUGACUCCGUGGCGUACCAUGCGGAUGACGGGAAGCUCUACAGCGGCCGAGCCAAGGGCCGGCAGUUUGGCACCAAGUGCAGCUCCGGGGACCGCAUCGGCUGCGGCAUCGAGCUGGUCUCCUUCGAAGUGCAGACGGCCCAGAUCUUCUUCACGAAGAACGGGAAGAGGGUUGGCUCUACCAUAAUGCCGCUGUCCCCCGACGGGCUUCCGGCCGUGGGCAUGCACUCGCUGGGCGAGGAGGUCCGGCUCCACCUCCACGCGGAGCUGGGCACCGAGGAGGACGACAGCAUCAUGAUGGUGGACAGCUACGAGGACGAGUGGGGGCGGCUGCACGAUGUGAAGGUGUGCGGCACGCUCCUGGAAUACGUGGGCAAGGGCAAGAGCAUCAUCGACGUGGGGCUGGCCCAAGCCCGGCACCCGCUCAGCACCCGCAGCCACUACUUUGAGGUGGAGAUCAUCGACCCCGGCGAGAAGUGCUACAGCCUGGGCCUGGCCCGCAAGGACUACCCAAAAAACCGGCACCCCGGCUGGAGCAGGGGCUCGGUGGCCUACCACGCAGACGACGGGAAGAUCUUCCACGGCAGCGGCGUGGGCGACCCGUUCGGGCCCCGCUGCUACAAGGGCGACAUCAUGGGCUGCGGCAUCAUGUUCCCGCGCGACUACAUCCUCGACAGCGACGGUGACAGCGACGACACCUGCGACACGGCCGACGUGAGAGCCAAGCCCCGCGGCGUCCGGAACGUCAUGUACCUGCACCGAGGAGAGGAGGAGGAGGAAGAGGAGGAGGAGGAAGACGACGGCGAGGACAUGGAGCAGGAGCACGAAGGCAAGAAGGUGGUGGUGUUCUUCACCCGCAACGGGAAGAUCAUCGGCAAGAAGGACGCGGUGGUGCCCGCCGGCGGGUACUUCCCCACCGUGGGCAUGCUGAGCAGCGGCGAGAAGGUCAAGGUGGACUUGCACCCGCUCAGCGGCUAGGCCCGGGGCGGGGGGGGGGGGGGGGGGGGGGGAGCCGGGGGGGCACUGGUGAAGCAGGUGCCCCACGGCCCUGCCUGCUCCCACCCCACCCUCCGGUGCCGCCCCCCCUUCCCGCCACCCCCACGCACUUUAACGCCUCUGCCCCGUGGCCCCUGGCGUUGGGGCACCCCCCCCCCACUUGUCCCCCUGUGUUAUUGCGGGGGGGGGGUCCCUAAUCCCCCCCCCCCCACCCUGGGCCCUUGCUGCCCCCCUGGUGCCCCUUUGGAAGGGCUUGGGCCUCCCCCCUCCAAGCCACGGUUACCCCACGGUGCCCCCCCCCAUGCCCCCACAAGGUGUGGGGGGGCAUAACUCUGUCCCACCUUGGGACAGAGUUAAGGGUCCUGUUCCCCCCCCCGCCCCCCCCAAUUCUUGGUGUCGCUGUUACCUCCCACCCCAAUUUUGUGAAUGUAAAAUGCCCCUCUGGGCCCCCCCCAUCCCAAGGGGCAGUGCCCCCCAUCUCCUUCCCCCAGGCACCAGCUGCUGCCCCACGGGGUGUGUGUACACGGUGGUGGUGGGGGGUGAACCUUGCCUGCCCCCCCCCCAGCCUCCCCGGCCCCGCUGUACCCGCGCCAGGGGCAGCGAGCGGCAGGGUCCGGCCCCCCCCCCGGGCAGGCGGGCGCCGGAAGAAGGAGCUCCGAAACGGUGGUUUUCUCUGUUGGCAUUUGCACAUGGUCGGACGAGGAGGAGACAAGGGGUCCCGCGUCCCCCCCCCCCCCGACAUCGCGAUAUAGCUCGGUGCCCCCCCCCCAUACAUAAUAUAUAUAUAUAUACACGUAUAUAUAUAUUAGAGACGUCUGACUAAAGCUCAUAUAAAUCCUUUCUUAGACAAAAA